AUUCUCUUAUCUUCAUCUCACCUUUUUAAUUCUCAAAUCAGAUAUCAUUCAUUUCCUAUAAAUAUCAAACCUAUCUCUAUCUUCACGAGACACAUUACUGUUUUCCCACUGUUUGUAUUUCAGGUCAUUGGCAGCUGAAAUCACUGGUGGUGUUGUUUCCGUUUCUUUUUCUCUUCCUGUUGAUUUUCUCUCUGCUUUGAUCAUUUUCAAGUUUUUCUCAGUAAACCCACUCACUUCUUCUCAGCCUCUCUAUCUCUCGGUCUCUGCUACUUGUUAUCACCUUCAAUUCUCGCUCGAGGUACAGAGACCACUCUGAUUUCUCAGCCACAAAACGAUUAUAAGUACAUGGUUUUUGCGACUUAGAGAAAUCAAAUGUUUUCUUCUUCUCUAGUUUCAGCAAUGUCAAUAAUUGGGCGCAGAGGAAUUCAUUUCUUGCAUAAACUCAAUGCUGAAAAUGUUCCCGGUGCUUUGAUAGAGAACGGUCAAAGCCGACUUAUAGAUGCUUCUCUCACUCUCAUUCGUGAGAGCGCAAAGCUCAGGGGAGAGCUUGUGCGUGCUUUAGGAGGCGCUGUAGCAUCCACUUCUCUUUUGGGUGUUCCUCUUGGACAUAACUCGUCGUUUCUUCAAGGGCCUGCUUUUGCUCCUCCUCGGAUUAGAGAGGCAAUCUGGUGUGGUAGUACCAACUCAACAACUGAAGAAGGGAAAGAACUAAGAGACCCAAGGGUGCUAACUGAUGUUGGUGAUAUUCCUGUCCAAGAAAUUCGAGAUUGUGGAGUCGAAGAUGACAGACUGAUGAAUGUCGUAAGUGAGUCUGUCAAGCUAGUGAUGGAACAGGAUCCACUGCGCCCAUUAGUGUUAGGUGGUGACCACUCAAUUUCUUAUCCUGUUGUAAGAGCUGUCUCUGAGAAGCUUGGGGGACCUGUGGAUAUUCUUCAUCUGGAUGCCCAUCCUGAUAUCUAUGACGCCUUUGAAGGUAAUGUAUAUUCACAUGCGUCUUCUUUUGCUCGAAUUAUGGAAGGUGGUUAUGCUCGUCGUCUUUUGCAGGUUGGUAUUAGAUCAAUCAACAUAGAAGGGCGUGAACAAGGAAAACGAUUUGGUGUUGAGCAAUAUGAAAUGCGAACCUUUUCAAGAGACCGUCAUUUUUUGGAAAACCUGAAAUUGGGGGAAGGUGUGAAGGGCGUGUACAUCUCGAUAGAUGUAGAUUGCCUUGAUCCUGCAUUUGCUCCUGGAGUGUCACACAUUGAGCCAGGGGGUCUCUCCUUCCGUGAUGUUCUCAACAUACUCCACAACCUUCAAGGCGACAUUGUUGCUGCAGAUGUCGUUGAAUUCAAUCCCCAGCGUGACACUGUUGAUGGGAUGACUGCAAUGGUAGCUGCUAAGCUGGUGAGAGAGUUGGCUGCAAAGAUAUCAAAAUGAUAAAAUUAUCACGUGCCUUCCUUUGGUAUACCUGGAGACUAGACCUUCCAGCAUAACACAGAUUUUUGCAGUUUCAUUAUCUGAAAGUGUUAAACAUAGCUGCAGUAUGUAACUGAGAAUUCAUUUCCAGCAUGAUAUUUCAGUGGGGACAUCGUUGUGCUUAAUAUGUAUUAAUUUGUUUAAUGAGAAUAACUUGCAGAACUUGCUUUAUUUUCAGUAGUACUAAUUGUAAAUUAAUUUAAAUUACAGUUUAUCUAAACAAACUUUAUCAAA